GUCCGGGCGCGAGUCUGGCCGCAGCCUUGUGUUUAUCUCCGCCGCGCGCGUACGUCUCGCGUGUUUACGAGUGUGAUAACGUGAUUACUGAUAGUGAGUGAUACCGGUUCCUACACAAUACAAAGCAGGUGUGAGAGCUGAUCUGUGAGCCAUGGCUGAUGUGAAGCAUGAGGUGCCGGCGGGCCACGUCGACAAGCACAACACAGGCUCAAACGGAGAAUCGACCUCUAGUUUCCGGCGUAGCAGGGCCUGAAGCGCCAGUGCCCGCACAGUUUCCGCCCCGUCCUCCACUAAACCGGGCCGAUUCCCGGUCAGCGUUUCCACAACCUUCCUUAAGACCGGCCGCUCCAGCUCAGCCUCAACAAAGGCCUCAAUUUCAACCUGGUGGACCAGUCGCAGGUCCACCCCAAUUUGCUCCUAGGCCUGGCCCUCUACCUCCACGUGGUGCAGCGCCUCCUGGGCCUCAGCAGAUUCGACCUCAACAACCGCUGAGACCUUCUGGUCCUCAAUCUUUUGCACCUCAACUGGGUCCUAGGCCGGUUCAAUCGCCUGCUCCAGCUCAACCAUCGCCGAGAGGCCUGCCACCUACUAAUCUACAGUUUGGCCCUAGACCUACGCCACAGGUUGCCGGCGCCAUCACGCCAGACGGUGCUAGGCCUCCACCGCAAUUGCCACAACAGUCUAAUAACGGCAUACCUAAAAACGGAACAUUUCAAAACCCUGCCUCUGGACCACUUUCACGCCAGUCGUCUCAAGGCUCUUUAAAGGGCCUGGAUAUUUCACACUCAAUUCAAAAUAAAUCAGCAAAUCUGGAUAACCAAAGCAUAAUCACAAACCCAAAUGACAGUAACCAGGAAAAUGGCUCAGAUGCGCUGGCUCCGAAAGGAAGAAGUUACAGUAUUGCAGCAGCUCCCGGAGCGCCGAGCCCACUCAAAGUUGAAGAUGACCGGAGAAAAUCUGUUAGUUCCAUUGGAGGGACAGCACUGGAAUAUUCUAGUCGAAGUCCCGGUCUUGGUCUGAUACAAGAAGGAAAAUUUGACAGUCAUGAAAAUGUACGUAGUUCAGUAGGCAACAUGAAACCUGGAUUAGCUAACGAUCCCAAAGAUAUGAUCGAAAGACCGGAGUCACGAAUUUCCGGAUCAAAAAUGACCGACUCAUUCAUAGGUUCGUUACCAACAGCAAUGCCGAAAAAGAAGCUAGACGAUGACGAUGAUGUAGUUUUGCAAAACAAUACAUCUGCCAAAAAUGUUUCGGAAAAUGUUACAAGUCAAAGUAAAUUUGAUCCAUUUGAUCGUUCUCCAUCUUUGACGCGCAGUGAUGACUCACCAGAACUGAAGCAGAAGACUAGUCCAAGCCCAGUAAUAUCCAAUAAGUCCCAAAGUAUUACUCCGGAACCACAGCGACCUAAAACACCAAAAGUAGAGACGAAAUCAGAAGCGCGAUAUGAACAAAGUAGAGAAGUAAAACCAGGAGCAGUAACACCGGCACCAAAAACCAAAUCUCCCAUUCUGGAUACUAAGCCUCCUUUAGCUGUACAUAAGCCCACAGAAUUAAAUAUGAACACAGCUGCUCCAGACUACAAAAAAACUGUAACACCCAAAAGAACAGUUUCUGCUCCUAAAUCGCGUCCUAAAGAUGGUGACAACGACAGUGGUGUGGAUGAAUCUACCCAAGGAAAUGAUCUCAACGGCUCUCCUGGGUCUCCGAACAAGAAAAAUGUGAGCAAGUUACCCACUAAAGAAAAAUCAAGCAGCAGUCUUAAGCCAAGCCUUUCGCGGUCAUCUAGCAAAAGUGCAACGGUCAAAAUACCAGAAACCCCGCAAGCUACUGAAAAAAAGAAAGUACCUAUGAACAAAGUCCAAGUGGGGAAUGCUCCAUCGCCAAAUAUUAAAACAGUUAAAUCAAAGAUUGGAUCUUUGGACAACGCGACAUAUAAGCCUGGCGGGGGUAAAGUCAAGAUAGAAAACCGAAAACUCGAAUUCAAAGCGGCCCCUAGAAUUGCUGCUAAGAAUGAAACUUACACUCCAAGUGGUGGAACUAAGAAGAUUACAACUACAAAACUGGAGUGGAACGCUAAGUCGAAGAUUGGCUCCCUAGAUAAUACUGCGUACAAGCCAGGUGGCGGAGAUAAGAAAAUUGAAACUGUGAAACUGGACUUUAAGGAUAAGGCCAAGCCCAAGGUUGCAUCUACAGUAAACAUAACUCACAAACCAGGGGGAGGUGCCGUUAAGAUCGAAAAUCAAAAAUUGGAAUUCAAAGCACAAAGCAAGGUUGGAUCUAUGGACAACGUUAAGCAUAAACCAGGAGGCGGUGACAUUAAGAUCUUCGAUGACAAGGACUACAUCAAACAGACGAGCGGGCAGUCGCCCUUGCCCAGCAGCCACACCCACUCGCGGCAGGAGGCAGAAUAUGUUUACACAUUUUAUUAAGGGAGCCCCGUGCCGCCAGCUGCGCAGACACCGAAGUCCGAUGAAAAUUUGAAUCAGCAGCAGUGUUAAGAAGCCCAUUGUUGAAGAGUUCCAAUUCUCUUGAAAUACUAAUACUUAUAACUUUUUUAACCAACAUUGCAACAUUUUUGUACAUUUUUAACUUUGUUAUACUUACUUAUACUUUUUCAACUUAACCGUUUUGUGAUUGUUGAUUUAUUACAGUGCUUUGAAAAUCAAUGUCAAUAAUUUGUAGCAUAUCUUUAUUUAGACAAUAUAUUUCAUGUUACAGUAUAAAUAACUACUAUUAGGCUGACUUUUUAAUGUUAAGCAAAAGGAACCUUUCCAGCAACAAUAUUCUACUUCCUGAUGUUGAUGCAAAUAAUCAUGAGUGCCAAUAGAUACGUUAUAUCUCUAAAACUAAACCAAACUUUCAGUCCGUUACUAUAAUGUCCAUCAAAUAUGACAAGCUGUAUUGUUGUGUACCUAUUUGUUGUACCUAUUCUAGCCAUAUUUUGCACUUACCUUUCACAAGUACCGCUUAGUGCAAUUAGCAGCACGUAGUUACAUGUUUUGUUGGGUUUCUACUUAAGAACUGCAAAUUCUCGGUAUGUGUAAGAUAUGGUAUCUAUUUUUAAGCGAUAUUAGGACCCAUAUUAUAUUUAUAUUUUAUGUUAAAUGUGAGUAGGCCACAGUUCAUGUUAUCUGUUAUUACUGGAUUUGUUCGUUUCUAAACGUGAAGUAAGUAUCUAGAUAGUGUUAGCUAUUGCUAUUACUGCGCCAUUUGUUUGCAAGUACGAGUAGGUACCUAAGUAUUAUUUGGAGUGCGAGGAUAUUUGAGACUGGGUUCUUGACACGGCAACUAUGCGAUCUGCUAUACCAGGAAGUGCUGACAUUGAAUUCAUAUAAGCCUAUUAUAAUACUGGUUGUGCUUGACGCUGCUCUGAAAUUCAUAUUACAUAGCAGCUUUUCUAUUGAUCAAAUUGCUGUGAAAAGAAUUAAGGCGUGGCCCCAAGAUUGACUGACCAGACUUUGUAACUAGCGUAAAAUGUUUUAUAAUUAUAAUGUUUAAAUACAAUCAUUGAAUUGUGAUUAGAUAUAGAUAGCGAGUGUAUCUAAAUUAUGACGUAAAUUAAACAUUGUCACGUGAAAUGCAUUAUGUUAUAUUAUAUCUCAUGGCUUUUUGUUAGAUGCAUUUCAAUAAAUACAUAUUAUAAUAUAAUAUAAGUACAUAUUUGAGUUCACUGAUCAUCUAGCUGGUUCAUAUAUUCAGUUUAUUAUUUUUUGUCAAAACUAACAAAUAAAAGGUGAUACAUUCGAUAAUUUAUUCCGGCCCGUUUUGGGCAAUCUAAAUGUAACACUUCACUUGUGGUUUUUGGGGGUAUAAUUAUUCAUAUUAUAAAAUGUAAUAUAUAUUGCAGAGUCUGAAAACUUAGUUUGCAAACGUAGCAUUAAAGUUUCAAGCGCUGUUAUUAAAUAUUAGAUUUUUUUUAUUUUAAUCCACUAUAUUUAUCCAUUAGGUAUAUUUUAUUUUAUUCCGCCAUAAAAAUAUGCUCGUAAAUCUUUAAAAUCUUUAUUUAUUUUUUACUUGAUAAUAAUAAUAUAUGUGGUGUUUGAUCAAGUUGUAAUUCUGGUUGAAAUUAUAAAACAAAUAUACUCGAAAUUUAUUACAGAAAAACUAGAAUUUUGUGAAAGCGAAAGAUAUAUACGAUGUAACAAGUAUUACAAAUUAAUACAACUUAACACCA